UCAUCUUUGUGCCAGCCGCGGGUGCUCGAUAGCCGACAGCUUCCCUGCGUCCCCCAAUCGCCCCACGAUAGAGCUCAGCUCGUCACGCAUUAGUCACCCACGGUGUUUAAAAGUGCAGCGGCUGUGCGCACACAGUGUCAGGAGCGGUUGGACGGCCCUCGGCGUGUCAGCAGCAGUUGAACGGCCUUCCUCUGCCCGAUUCAGAUAGAGGUCAUGGAGCCAAGAAGCAGAGUUCAACUUGCAGACCUUCAUCUGAAGCUCAUUCGGUUGGAACAAAUGGCGGAAAAGAAGAGACUGGAUGAUGUAAAGAAAGGUGGAGUGUCAAUGCUAGAAGUCAACGUGGUUAAGGAGUACAAAGACGAGCAUAUGUAUGAGCUCACUGUCACGCGUGUGAAGGUAGCUCACAACAUUGAGAAGGGGGGCACGGUUUCUGUGUGGACAACAAGACCUCAACAAGAUCUGAACUCUGAAGACGACCAAAAGAAUACCAUACCCAAACCGCCUUCUGCAGUGGUGACUGAAGUGAAACUUUCUGCCUCCAAAAAAGAAAUCAAUCUUAAACUUGUAUUUCUAUCAAAGCCGCGGAGCUGGGAAGAAGCAAAUACGCAUCCCAGGACUGUUUUCAUACAUCCAGUCGAAGAUGGCUACACGAACAGCCAGCUAACAAGAGCAAUGACGUGGCUUAAAAACAUCGACACGUCGCGGGCGUCCUCUGCGGACAAGCAUACAGUUCCGGUGGUGCGAGCAAUGUUCAAGGAACAUGCCCGCGACCGGGAGUCUCUGGAAAUGGACUACACCGGCGGGAGCAGCACUCCUUACUUCAACUCGAAGCUGGACAGGUCGCAGGGCAGAGCGGUGGAGAUGGCCCUGCGCGACCGCCCGCUGACGGUCCUCCACGGCCCGCCCGGCACCGGCAAGACCACCACCAUUGUGGAGGUGAUUCUGCAGCACGUGGAGCGCGGUCAGCGCGUGCUGGUCUGCGCGCCAUCCAACAAGGCCGUCGAUAACCUGCUCGAAGGACUGCUGAAACAGAUGGCGAAGACCCCUCGCUGUAAGCUCAGCAGGGGUGGAAUCAUCCGCAUUGGCCACCCAGCGAGGGUGGAUGAGAAGCAUCGCUGCUUCUCACCUCGAGCGCAAAUCAAAGAGCUAAGACGAAAGUUGAGGUCGCAGAAUCCCACUCUGCUUUCACGGGUGACUGAUGAGCAGCUAGAGGACGCAGCACGGCUGAGGGCGUUGGUAGUGAUGAGCACACUGACCUCCGCCCCCAAAGAAGACGACUCAUCAUAUCGAACCUUCGACCUGUUGGUGAUCGAUGAGUGCGGCCAGGCGACGGAGGCCGCCUGCUGGCUGGCCAUCCCACUGGCCAAGAAGGUGCUGCUGGCGGGCGACCCACACCAGCUGCCGCCCACCGUCCUCAGUCAGGAGGCGGCCAGCCGCGGUCUGGCCGUCUCGCUGAUGGAGCGGCAGAUGAAGCUGCAUGGUGAGGGUAUCGUCCACAUGCUCGACACCCAGUACCGCAUGCACGCGCUGAUCCAGGAGUGGUCCUCAAAGACUCUGUACGAUGGCAAGCUGAAGGCCGCACCGCUAGUGGCAAGUCAUCAACUGACCGACCUACCCGGGGUGCGCAGCACGCAGUGGACAAAGCCGACUCUGACGCUCAUGGACACCGCCGGCUGCAGAAUGACAGAAGCAAAGGGCAAGACCAAGUCGUACCAGAACGAGGGAGAAGCCAGGCUGGUUCUCGAACACGUCAGGCUGCUGAUGGAUUCUGGUUUGCAGGCCGAGGAUAUCGGUGUGAUCACGCCGUACAAGGGUCAGGUGUCGCUGAUCGCAGGGCUGCUCGGCGCCGCGCGACUCGACCAGGUGGACGUGAAGUCGGUGGACGGCUACCAGGGCGCCGAGAAGGAGGCCAUCCUCAUCUCGCUGGUGCGCUCCAACCCGCGCCGCCAGCUGGGUUUCGUGGACGACGUGCGGCGCCUGAACGUGGCGGUGACGCGCGCGCGCCGCCACCUGUUCGUCGUCUGCGACACGGUCACCGUGUGCCAGCACCACUCUGUCCGGUCUCUAGUCCUGCACCUGGCGAAAAGCGGCACCAGGCUAUCCGCCCUCAACGGCCGACGACCGCCCGGUGGCCCCUCUGGUGACAAUAAGGACAAUAGCGACGGUGCCGUCCGCGAAGAAUCCGCGAGCGACAUCACGAAACUCACGGCCACCUUCGGCGCGAUGAAGCUGAAGCACCCCGAGGGCCAUGCCGUGUCGAGAAAAAGCGUGACGACGCCCUCCAGAAGAAGUGGGGUGGCAACCAAGGCAAACGGGGGCCACUCGGCGGCCAGACCAACGCAAAUCUUCAAAACAUACGGACAGUUUCAAAACACCGCAGCUUCUACACAGGCCAAUAAGGGGCGACAGGGUCAGGCCAGGACGACGGUCAGAAGGGCCAGAACUGUCACGAGCCAUGCACAGCCUGUAGUGAGCAGCUACAGCUGGGAUUAUGACGACUUUUAGCGAAAAGAAAACCGGAGAGAGGGGACGCUCUGUGCUGGCAGUGCAGGUGCCGUCUGCCGAACGUCAAGGGAUGUCAAGGGAAGCCGGAGGGGAGCGUUUGUGCCCAUUACCCCCAUUGCACAUGCUCGCAUUUUCUUAACAUGAAAUGUAGAUUUAAACUGGAUGAUUUGUAUUUGUAUUUUGUAUUUAUUUGCGUACGGUCUCCAUGUGAUGGCUUUUCAGACCGCGCAUGUACGGAUUUGUAAACACAAAUACUACAUUUAACAUUGCCCAUUACACAUCAUGAAUGCAUGCAUGCAUAGUCAUUAGUCACACACGGCUACCCGUUACGACUGGCGUUCCAGUGGGCCGUUGCACGGUAGUUGAAGAAACGCUUUGCGAGUUCCGUACGCACGCGGGGCAAUUGUAGAAGGCCAGCUGAAGUAGAACGGGUACCUCUAUCAGAUACAUCGUGCCGGUAUACAAGCGACUCUUGUAGGAUCUGUGGUGCAUGUUGGUGGCUCAUCAGUCUGCUGAUGAACGACAUGUCUCUCUUGCUUAUCAAAUCGUCAAUGGUGGACCAACCAAGCGAUGCCAGGAGUGGUGAGACAUGCUCUGACUUCCGGCUGCAGAAGAUGAUACGGGCACAAUGAUUAAUCACACGCUGAAUGCGACGCUUCUGGGUGAUACCACAUCCACCCCAGACGCUCAAACAGUACAAAAUGUGCGGAAAAAUAAGCGCCUCUAUCAGAAAUGUUUUAACUUCAGCUGAUAGACCACGACAGAAUUUUGAUAGCCCAUGAAGUGUUGCAUAGCACCGUUUCACUACAAGAGAAACUUGCGCUUUCCAUGAUAAGUGUUCGUCAAUGUCCAACCCUAGAAUUCUUGCUGAAGGGGAAGGACGCAAGAUAACACUGUCUAAGUCAACAGAGAACUCUUCAAUCUGACGACGCUGGCGUGUCUUAAACAAUAUGAUUUCUGUUUUCUUCGGAUUAAUUUUAAGACUAUUGUUGACGAACCAGGACUGCGCUUCACUGAGGGUGUUCGCCACCCGCGCCUGCAGAGUAGCUAGGUCGGCACUGGAGUGAGCAUGCAGAAACUGGACGUCAUCUGCGUACAUGACGACUUCAGCAUCGCUUAUGUACUCUGCAAAGUCAUUUGCGUACAGCAAGUAGAGUACAGGUCCGAGCAAGGACCCUUGCACCACACCGUGGGUUACAUGGGCAAGAGAACCUUCAUGAACUCUCUGUUUACGACCGCUUAACCAAUCUUGGAACCAAUGCGUGUCAACCCCAUACCAGCCAAGCUUAUUUAGGAGACGGUGAUGGGGGACGCUAUCAAAGGCUUUGGACGUAUCUACUGUCGCCAAGCAAGUGACUUGUUUCAAAUCUAAGCUUUGAACAAUAAAGCUGACAGUAUGCAUCAUUGCGCACUCUGUUGAGUGUCCUGGGCGAAAACCAUACUGGCGGUCACUGAGAAUGUGGUGAGCCAUUAAAUAGUCCAUGAGUUGAUUGCACACCACUCUCUCAGUCAGCCUCGCUACAGUGGGUAGUAUUGAUAUUGGUCUGUAAUUAUUUGGAUCGGAGCGUGAUCCUGACUUGUGGAGUGGUAGAACUCUUGCGAUUUUCCAGACAGCAGGCAGCAAACCGGAUCCGAGUGAAGAAUUGACAACAUGCAGCAGUAUGAGACCAAUCACCGAAAAAGUCAUACGAAUCAUCUGGAUAGUAAUUCCAUCAUCCCCAGAUGCCUUUGAGUCUGACAUUUGUCUCAGUGCAGUGCUUAGCUCAGUUAGUGUUGCUGGACGCACACGGAAGGCUCCACUCACGACACACCGUGGGCGGGGUUCAUCUGGGGUGCGUCCCUCUCUCUGAGUCUCUGUCUCAGCGGCCACCCGAGGGCCGCAGCUGGCGAAGUGGUUGUUCAGCUGGUCUGCCAUCUCGUGGCUGGUGGUGUCCACGGGAUCGGCGUUCUUCUUUGAUGAGAGGAAAAACUGUUGCAGACCCUUCCAUGCUGAGCCUCGUGAGUCUGUUAGGGAGCUUGCGAAGAAAGACGAGCGUGCUUGCUGGAAAUCUUUCUUAACAGCGUUUCUUCUGUCUCGAAAUGCCGCUUGGUUCUGUGGCGAUGGGUCUCGUUGAUAGGCCGCUCGCGCCUCGUCUCGAGCACGCAUUGAGUCGCGCAGCUGUGCGUUGUUGACAAGCCAAGGACAGGGGGAGUGACGAGGUCUUACUUCGGUCACCGGCAUGUGCUUGUCAAUUAUAGGAGACCAAAUUGACAGCCACUCGGACCACUUCUCAUUCAUGUCUGAGGCGUAAAACACACCACUCCAGUCGGCCGACAUCAGCUCAAGGCAGAGAUCGUCAACUGACAGAGAUCUCGUUGAACGGAUGGUGACCGCGGGUCGCGGUUGCUUCUGACGGUCAGUUGAAAUCUGAGUAAUGAUUAGAUUAUGGUCGCUACAGCUGUUUGGAAUCACCAUGGCAGUCGGAGUCCCAUCCUCUGUAGCUGGUACCAAGAUGUGGUCGAUCAGAGUUCCCGGACUGCCGUUCUCCGUCUGGCAAGGUCUUGUCGGCCGCGUUACUAUUUGCUUGAGGCCAAAAUCGUGUAGCAUUUGCUUAUAAUGCUCCACUCCAGGCUUCUGCGGACUCAGUAAGUCAAAGUUCAUGUCGCCAAGAACAAAAAUCUUCCGUCCCAAGCUGUGCAGGUGAAGCAGUUGAUCGUGCAGGUCAUCGGUGGCGGCAGCGGGGGCGGCUGGAGGCCGAUAAACAGCACCGAUCACCACCGAAUGGCAGCCGCCCAGGCUCAGCCAUAGGCUCUCCAGCGGCGAGCCGGCUGACGGCACGUUCAGCGUCUCCGCGCGCAGAUUGGACCUGUACAAAAUGCAGAUACCGCCACCUCGCACGCUCCGGCCAUCAGCAGCCGGACGGUCAGCUCUGGCUACCUUGUAUCCGGGGAAGAUCAGGAAUCGGGAGUCAAAAUCUGGCUGUAGCCAUGUUUCUGUGACGCACAUUAUAUCAAUGCCAUUAUCCAUUAGUAAAAUGUUGACGUCGUCUAAUGAUGGCACAAGUGACCGGACAUUUAAAUGUGCCAGGACAUAAUGAUUGUGGGACAUUACAGCAAGCACUGUUUGUACAGUAAUAUAUCUAUUAGCUGGCAUCAGGCCAAUUAUCCUAUCAGAAACUCUAAGAUAAACUAUCUGUUGCAAGUUAGAUAUGUGCAUUGGCCGUUGCCGUUGGGUGUAGUCGGCUGGCGCGCGCUGCGAUCCGUCGCUACUACUUAGGGCGACUGCCUGGUCGCUGAUCUGGUCGCGCGUGUGCUCCGGGACGGCGCGAGCGGCUGGUCGAGGAAGGGUUCUAUACGUGACCCGAGCUGAGCUCGGGAACGUGAUGCUCGUAGAGUUAUGCAUGGUGUUGUCAAUACAGAAACUUCGUAAACGAUAGAAGGCUGAAAA